GGUUACGGUGACAGCGAAUUGGCUUCUAUAUAAUGCCACUACCUUUGCGGUGUUUCCUUGCAACUGCAUUCUCCAUCAGCUUUUCUGUUCUCUCCUUCGAUCACAUCUUUUUGCUCUGGGAAACGUGAGAGGUGAGAAGAGGGCGGCAAUGACGGCGGGUUUAAGAUGGAUUCCUCCUCUGCUUCUUCUUCUUCUGGGCUUCCUGCUGGUUUUGAACGGAAGUCGGGGGUGGAUUGGAAGCGAGCGGUCCUCUGGCUCGAGAGCGAGAGCUGAGGUUUUGCCGAAGAAGUGGCGUUGGGCAGAACUAGUUAAGAAGAAGGUUCUCACAGGUUGUUGUACUUCUCGGGCUUCUUGCAGGAAUGGCGGAGCAUCGCGGAGGAGCUUGAGAGAGGCCUCCGCGAACGCGACCAGCGCCGAUGCUUCCUUGGAAGAGAGGGCUGUAACCAGGGCAGCAGAAGCCGCAGUCGACGACCCCGAGGAGGUUGCUUCGACGGUCCUGACGACCAUAAUCAACAGCACGGCUCGCAGAUCUCUUGGUUAUCUGUCGUGCGGUUCAGGCAACCCGAUCGACGACUGCUGGCGGUGCGACCCCGAUUGGCAUGUCAACAGAAAAAAGCUCGCUGACUGCGGCAUUGGCUUUGGCCGCAACGCGAUAGGUGGCCGCGACGGGGAGUUGUACGUUGUGACAGACUCCGGGGACGAUGAUCCCGUGAAUCCUCGCCCGGGAACACUUAGAUACGCCGUCAUCCAGGACGUGCCCCUCUGGAUCACCUUUAAACACGACAUGGAGAUCACGCUCAAGGAGGAACUCAUUAUGAACAGCUUUAAGACGAUCGAUGGACGCGGUGUCAACGUCCACAUUGCCAAUGGCGCCUGCAUCACCAUCCAGUACAUCACCAACGUCAUCAUCCACGGCCUCCACAUCCACGACUGCAAGCCCACCGGGAAUGCCAUGGUCCGCAGCUCUCCUUCUCACUAUGGAUGGAGAACCAUGGCUGAUGGGGAUGCCGUUUCCAUUUUCGGCUCCAGCCACAUUUGGGUGGACCACUGCUCUCUGUCCAACUGCGCCGAUGGACUUGUCGAUGCCGUCAUGGGCUCCACUGCCAUUACGGUCUCCAACAAUUACUUCACCCACCACAAUGAGGUCAUGCUUUUGGGACACACUGAUUCUUAUGCAAGGGACAGCAUCAUGCAAGUAACGAUCGCAUUUAAUCAUUUUGGUGAAGGCCUGAUUCAGAGAAUGCCCAGGUGCAGGCAUGGCUACUUCCACGUGGUAAACAAUGACUACACGCACUGGGAGAUGUACGCCAUUGGCGGUAGCGCGAAUCCAACGAUCAACAGUCAAGGCAACCGAUACCUUGCGCCGACCAAUCCAUUUGCAAAGGAGGUAACAAAAAGGGUGGACACAGAUCAAAGCACGUGGAAGAACUGGAAUUGGAGGUCGGAGGGUGACCUGCUUCUGAAUGGUGCUUUUUUCACCCCUUCCGGUGCAGGGGCUUCAGCCAGCUACGCACGGGCCUCCAGCUUUGGGGCCAAGCCCUCUUCCUUGGUCGACACACUGACUUCUGAUGCUGGGGUCCUGUCUUGCCAAGUCGGCACUCGAUGUUAACGUAAUGCCAAGUAGCAGAACGCCACAACCCGAAGGAUGGGAAAUUGUACUUGACGGUGUUACAAAUUUCUUCUAUGUUACACCGUCAGAAAUGUCAUUUCCUCCAAUUGCCCAACCUCCGCCUGCCUCCAUAUGUGGAGCGCAUGCGGAAGCGUUGUCAGUUUCUUUUAUUCUACUUCGCUGUUUUAGCUCGGUUACACCGUCCAUCUAGCAAUAAGUGGGAUUAUAGAUAGACUUCAUCCUGGUGGCGUGUCGUCACAGUUGAAUUUGCUACAAUGCAGCAGAAUUUUAUAUAGUUGCAAUUUAGUCUUUUGCCCGUUAUCCUUGUACCUUAAGCGUGGUCAUUGUAUUGGUAGGAAUGGAUUUUGUCAUCUUAAAGAUUGUAUUA